AUGUACACAUUCCUGGGGAAUUUCUCCUUUCUAGAGAUCUGGUAUGUUUCUUCUACAGUGACCAAAAUGUUGGUCAACUUCCUCUCAGAGACGAGCACCAUCUCCUUUACUGGCUGUUUCCUACAAUUCUAUUUAUUUUUCUCCUUGGUCACAUCUGAAUGCUUCCUUCUGGCUGUCAUGGCCUUUGAUCGGUACUUAGCCAUCUGCCAUCCCUUGCACUACCCUAAUAUCGUGACAGGACAUCUCUGUGCCAAACUAGUCAUUACCUGUUGGUUUUGUGGCUUCCUGUGGUUCCUGAUCCCCAUUGCUCUCAUAUCUGAGUUGCCCUUCUGUGUUCCAAACAUUAUUGACCAUGUUGUAUGUGACCCAGGGCCAUUAUUUGCAUUGGCAUGUGCCUCUGCCCCAAUAACCCACCUGCUUUGUUACACUCUAAGUUCAUUAGUUAUCUUUGGUAACUUCCUAUUCAUCUUUGGGUCUUAUACUCUUGUCUUAUUAGCUGUGUUGUGUGUGCCUUCAGCCACGGGAAGACAUAAGGCCUUCUCCACCUGA